GCCCCGGCCCAUGGCGGCCCAGUGCUGCUGCCGCAAGGGACCGGGGGCCACGGGGCCCGAGUCUGCAGCGGCUGCGGCUGCUUCAGCGGCGGCUGCGGCAGCGGCCCCGGCGGCCGCCCCGGACGUGGCCUCGGCUGCCAGCUCGCAGCUCUUCCGCCUGCGCCAUCUGCAGCUGGGACUCGAGCUGCGGCCGACCGCGCGGGAGCUGGCCGGCUGCCUGGUGCUGGAGCUGUGCGCUCUGCGGCCCGGGCCCCCGGCGCUCGUGCUCGACGUGCACCCCGCCGUGCGCCUGCAUUCGGCCGCCUACCGGCCCGCCGCGCCGGGCCAGCCGCCCUGCGCCUUCGCCUUCGCGCCCGACCCGGACCCGAAUCCGGAACCGGGCCCGAGCCCCGAGCCCCGCUGCGCCCCGCCGCGCGGCCUGGACCCUGCCGAGCCGGCAGACCCUGCGCUCGGACCCUGUCCGGACGCCUGCCAGCCGCCCGAUCGUGUGCUCGGACGCUCCCCCGACUCGGGCCAGCCGCCCGACCCUACGUUUGGAUCCUGCCUCGAUGGCCAGCCGCCGGACCCUGCGCCGGGUCGCUCCCCCGACGCCGGCCAGCCUCCAGAUCCCGAGCCCCCUCCUGCGCCGAGUCCCCCACCGCCCCUACCCACUUUCCCGGGCGCGCCGCCCGGGCCCUGCCACCCUCUGCUCUUCCGGGUGGAGCCCUUCACGGACUACGGCUCGUCCCUGACCAUCAGCCUCCCCGGCGCGUUGCAGCCCCACCAGCCCUUCCACAUCGUGCUGCGCUACACCAGCAGCGACGCCCCCGCCAUCUGGUGGCUGGACCCCGAGCUGACCUACUCCAACUCCAAGCCCUUCGUCUUCACCCAGGGUCACUCCGUGUGCAACCGCUCCUUCUUCCCCUGCUUCGACACGCCCGCGGUGAAGUGCACUUACUCCGCCACCGUCAAGGCUCCCGCCGGGGUCCAGGUGCUGAUGAGCGCCACCCAAAGUGCCUACCUGGAGAAGGAGGGCGUGUACCAGUUUCACAUGGAGUACCCGGUGCCCGCCUACCUGGUGGCUCUGGUGGCAGGAGAGCUCGUGCCAGCCGACAUCGGGCCCAGGAGCCGAGUGUGGGCCGAACCGUGUCUCUUGUCGACGGCCACGAGCAAACUGUCGGGGCUGGUGGAGCAGUGGCUGAGCAUAGCCGAGAAGCUCUACGGGCCCUACCUGUGGGGCAGGUAUGACAUCGUCUUCCUCCCCCCGUCCUUCCCGAUCGUGGCCAUGGAGAAUCCCUGCCUGACCUUCAUCAUCUCCUCCAUCCUGGAGAGCGACGAGUUCCUCAUCAUCGACAUCAUCCACGAGGUGGCGCACAGCUGGUUCGGCAACGCGGUCACCAACGCCACGUGGGAGGAGAUGUGGCUGAGCGAGGGGCUGGCCACGUACGCGCAGCGGCGGAUCACCACGGAGACCUACGGCGCCGCCUUCACGUGCCUGGAGACCGCGUUCCGCCUCGAUGCCCUCCACCGACAGAUGAAGCUCCUCGGGGAGGACAACCCUGUCAGCAAGCUGCAGGUCAAACUGGAGCCAGGGGUGAACCCCAGCAACCUCAUGAACCUGUUCACCUACGAGAAGGGUUACUGCUUCGUCUACUACCUGUCGCAGCUCUGCGGGGACCCCCAGAACUUCGACUCCUUCCUCCGAGCCUACGUGGAGAAGUACAAGUUCAGCAGCGUCGUGGCCCAAGAUCUCCUGGAUUCCUUCCUGAAUUUCUUUCCCGAGCUGAAGGAACAGAGCGUGGACAGCAAAGCAGGGCUGGAGUUUGAGCGCUGGCUCAAUGCCACGGGGCCCCCGCUCGCCGAGCCAGACCUCUCCCAGGGCUCCAGCCUGACCAGGCCCGUGGAGACCCUCUUCCACCUGUGGACGGCGGAGCCCCUGGACCAGGCGGCCGCUUCGGCCAGCAGCAUCGACAUCACCAAGUGGAAAACGUUCCAGACGGUUCUCUUCCUGGACCGCCUCCUGGACGGGUCCCCGCUGCCCCAGGAGGUGGUGAUGAGGCUCUCCAAGUGUUACUCGUCACUGCUGGACUCCAUGAACGCCGAGAUCCGCAUCCGCUGGCUCCAGAUCGUCGUCCGCAACGACUACUACCCCGACCUCUACAAAGUCCGGCGCUUCCUGGAGAGCCAGAUGUCCCGCAUGUACACCAUCCCGCUCUACGAGGAUCUCUGCACGGGGGCCCUCAAGUCCUUCGCCUUGGAGGUUUUCUACCAGACCCAGGGCCGGCUGCACCCCAACCUUCGUAAAACCAUCCAGCAGAUUCUGGCCCAGGGCCUGGCCUCCCCCGCCCCCACGGACACCCCCCCUCUGGCCAUUGCCACGGACACGCCGGCGCUGCUGCUGGAGGACAAGCCCCCCGAAGCCACAAAUGGUGCCAUCUCUCUCAGGGACGUCAACGUGUCCGCCUAGCCCCGCUUGGGGCGGCCCGGCCCCCGCUGGGAGGUGGGGGGCUGCCUGGCGGUUCCAGCCACCGAGCUGAAUGUGCCUUCCCGGGCCCAUCCCGGAUGGGGCUCUGGGUCUUUCCGAGCGUGAGCCGGCCGGGGUCCGGGAGUCACAGCGUCGGCCCCUCCGCGGGCGUCCCCGGCCCAGAGCGGGGGUCGUGGGCAGGGCUCCCGGAAGGGGCUCCUCGGUCCUCUGAGAAGUCCCCGGCAGCGACAGGCUUCUGUCAUGGGCGCUUGGCCCUUUACCUCAGGGCUCAGGGUUGCUGAGGGGGAUUCUCUGCCCCUCGGGAAACAAGCAACCUCAUGACCACUUCCUGGGGUGGUGAAAAGCUGGGAGGGCGGCCCCCCGUGAGCCCGGAGCCCCCGGCCUGCCCCGAGUUUGCACUUGGAGAGUCUGCAGGGGGGCCCGGCCUCCCCCCGUGGGGGCACAGCAGCCGAGAGCGACGCCCCCCCUUGGCCGCUCCCGCAGGGAUGCUCUCCCCGCCCGGCCCCUCCCUGACCUGACGACCACCACACUGUGCCUUACGUCUGCCCGAGAAGGCGUAGGAUGAGCCUUUUUCUAGUCACGCCCCUCAGCCCCCCGGGAGCCGAGGCUCCCGACUCCCUCCCCUCCAUUCCUGACUGUCCUUCGGGGUGAUUUAGGGCCGGGCCCACGGAGAGGGGGCCACGGAGGGCCCUGGCAGGGAGGCUGCCUGGAGGAGGCGACUUUCCACCUUUCCCGCCCCCACGGGCGCCUCCCGGGUGAGAUAGGAAGCCAGCAAGGGGACGGCACCGCAGAGGGUCCCGGGGGCUUGGCAAGGAUGGCGGCCACCAGCCCAGCCAGGGAAGCUGCCCCCGGUGCAGGGAGGCAGGAGGAGCCUGGGCCUCCCGGAGUUUGAGCUGCAGGGAUGGCCGCGGGGGAGCAUUCCCCUGCCUCUUCUCUCUGUACCUCGGCUUUAGCCCGUCUGGGAGCCAGACUGCGGUGAAAGCAAUAAGACCGCCCUCCCCCGCGGGUCCCCACAGCAUUCCUCCCCAGCCAUGCUACUCUCCCCCGACCCCUGACCCCUGACCCCCCACUCCCCCAACUUGCACCAACCCUGUGAUGACUAUUUGACUUCAUUCCCGUUAGAGGGAUAUGUCAGGGAGGGGAACGUGCGACUCGGCCUUGCUGUUCCCCAUUGAAUAGAGACUUUGGGGGGAGGCGCGUCCUCCCCAGGCCCGGCCUUACCACUGAGGGGUCUAAGCCCCAGACACCACUUGCAGGGGUCGUGCCCUGCCCGGAGCGGCCGCUGUGAAAGCCAGCCUUGACCCGCGGACCCUGCACCAGCCUAGGACCGAGGCAGCGAGAUUGGCGUGAGAGCCCCGGUCCCCGUCCACUUCAGGGCCGCUCCGCGGCCUCCCGCUCCUGGCCCGGCCCCUCCUCCUCAGCAGCGGGAUCCGCGCCUCCUCGGGCGCCGCCGGCCCUGACCCGAGGGCCGAGGUCUGGCCCUGAGAACCGCCGCUUCCUUCCGAGGAGGCUCAUGACCACUAAGACUGUGCAGCUGCUGCCUGGGGGGCCGGGUAGGGGCAGGAGGCACGGGGAAGAUUGGAGACGGGCAGCGCCCGAGUGGGAGCUGCCCAUGCCCUGCCGCAGAGCCCAGGCCCUGGGCCUGGCACCCUGCUGAGCGCAGUGGAUGGGCGGGAGGGGAAAGGUGAGAAGGACCCAGGCCCCGGGGGGUAGCGGUGGUGAAGCUUCUGGCCACAAUAGAUGGCUCCAGGGUUUACAGAGCUAUGAGCUUUCCCCUCUUAAUUCCUCUUGGGAUCUCGGCAGGGCCCUAUACCUUCCUUAACCCUGCUUGUCCCAGACAGAAAGCCCCAGGAGUGCAAAAGCCCCUUGGUCUCAGCAUUGCCCUUCCAUUCCGGGUCAAACCUUUCAAGGGAGUGGGCUUUGCUGGUCCCUCUCUAUUCCAUCAAUUCCUAUUAGACUGUAAGCUCCGAGAGGGCAGAGAUUGUGUCUUAUCUAAAUUUUGUAUCUCCCACGGAACCUAGUACCAUGUUCUGCACACAGUUGGUGCUUAAUAAAUGUUGAAUUGAA